AAAAAGUUCUUUCCAAGAAAUAUCUCCCCCAAAUUUGCAGCGAUCACACGUUACUCCAUUUUUAAUGCAAAUUCAGUCCUUUUCAAAUGCACCAUUUCGUUUCGUUUCAUUCCUGAAUCGAGUUGGAGCUUUCAUAUCGAUUCCAAACACAACCAAAAAAACCCUAGAAUUCGAUACUCUAAUUCUGUUUAGAGCGAUUCUUGAAGCCAUUUCCCCCAUUUAUCCGGUUAUUGACUCGUUAAAUUAACAUAAAUUCUCAUAUAAUACAUGUCAAGAUCGCUAUCUAACCCUUGUCACCUCCAAUCCAUUUGACGUUUUUCUCUUUGUUUUCUUCUACAUCAUCGUAAGUAUUUUUCAUUUUGGGGAUUUCGUGGAUUGAGCGUUUAAAAGGUACAAUCAGAGAAGGGUUUGUAUGCGUCGGUUAAUGGAAACAACAGGUGUUAGCGUUGAUCCUACGAGUUCUGAUAAUCAUGCGACUAAUAGUCCGAAUUCAUCAAACCCCACAUCACCGACGAUGCGGAGGAUAAGCAGUAGCAGUUCUUCGCCGAGAGCGAUGUCGUCUUCUCCGUUUCCAAUAAUUCGUUUCUUACAAGCACCUGUAACUACUAUAAUUGAAUACUCGGGUGUUCUUCGACCUAGGUCGAAUACCGAUUAUCACGAAUCAGAGAGCUUGAUUUCUAACCAUCAUCAUCGUGAUCAUAACUCGAGUGGUUCCGGUACUGCUAGUAAUAGAAGUAGUAAUGAUGAGAAUAGCAAUGGGGAGGUUUCGAUUCGAAUAAUGGGUGGUGCAGACCAAGAAGAGGAGCGUGGUGAACCGGUUGCGGUGAACCGUGAAGAUGGCGGAGGAGAAAGGGAGGUGGCUGAUUCCGGUGAUGGAAGUGGUGGUAAUGGUGGGAGUAAUAAUAACGUGGAUUCAGCAUAUCAACAGCGGUAUGAUUUGCAGCAGGUGUCAAGGUGGAUUGAACAGAUUCUUCCAUUUUCUUUGCUGUUGUUGAUCGUUUUCAUUCGUCAACACUUACAAGGUCUAUUUGUUACAAUUUAUAUUACUGCUUUCAUGUACAAGUCUAAUGAUAUUCUACGGAAGCAGACAGCCUUAAAGGGGGAGAGAAAACUGUCUGUUCUUGCUGGGUAUUGCAUAGUUUUCAUGCUUCAUGUGAUUGGUGUUUACUGGUGGUACCAAAAUGAUGAUCUUUGCCAUCCCCUUUUCAUGGUUCCACCAAAAGAAAUACCACCAUUUUGGAAUGCUAUUUUCACCAUCAUUGUAAAUGAUACGAUGGUAAGGCAGGCAGCAAUGGGUUUUAAGUUGGUAUUGCUUAUGUACUAUAAGAAUGGCAGGGGACAUAGCUUUCGUAGGCAGGGUCAAAUGCUGACUCUGGUUGAGUACACACUUCUGUUAUACCGUGCAUUCUUACCUGCUCCUGUUUGGUACCGAUUCUUUUUGAACAAAGAAUACGGGAGCCUCUUUUCAUCUUUGACAACGGGCUUAUAUUUAACUUUAAAGCUCACAUCAGUUGUUGAGAAGAUUGGAUCCUUCUACGCUGCAUUAAAGGCACUAUCGCGGAAGGAAGUCAAUUAUGGAUCAUAUGCAACGGCAGAACAGGUAAGCGAGGCGGGAGACCUGUGUGCUAUUUGCCAGGAAAAGAUGCAGGCUCCAAUUUUGUUGCGCUGUAAACAUAUAUUUUGUGAAGACUGUGUUUCGGAAUGGUUUGAAAGGGAAAGAACUUGCCCAUUAUGCAGAGCUUUGGUGAGACCAGCAGAUAUACGAUCAUUUGGGGAUGGUUCAACGAGCUUGUUCUUCCAGUUUUUCUAGAAGACCUUCCAUUCAUGUUUGGCACUCUCUUCUUCAACAAAAGCAGUAAUUUUUUGGCAUUUCCCCCUCAAGUUGUACAGUUGUGCCUAUUAUAAUUAUUAUAUUAUCAUACAUCACAUAUACAUACAACAUAUAACAAAAUGGGAGAGGAUUUUUACACUGAACAAAGAUAACUCAACUUUUUGGAUC